AUGCUGGCCAAGAAGCCCCCGAAGCCGGCCCCGCGCAGGGUCUUCCAGGAAAGGCUGAAGAUCACCGCCCUGCCCUUAUAUUUUGAAGGGUUUUUAUUAGUCAAGCGCCCAGAAUACCAGGAAUAUAAACUUUAUUGGACAGAGUUGAGAGGAACGACGCUUUUCUUUUAUAACGACAAAAAAAGUACAAUAUAUGUUGACAAGUUAGACAUAAUAGACCUCACAUGCCUUAAUGAGCAGAAUUCAGCUGACAAGAAUUGUGCAAAAUUCACCCUUGUUUUGCCAAAAGAAGAAGUGCAACUGCAGACAGAGAACACAGAAAGUGGGGAAGAAUGGAGAGGAUUCAUUCUGACAGUAACAGAGCUGUCAGUUCCCCAACAUGUGUCACUCCUGCCUGGACAAGUCAUUAGGCUGCAUGAAGUCUUAGACAGAGAAAAGAAAAGGCGGCUUGAGACAGAGCCGAGUACAUCUCUGGAAGAAGAGAGGGAACCACUUGAGGACUACGUGGAUGUCCUGAACCCUAUGCCAGUAUGUUUUUAUACAGUGUCUCGAAAAGAAGCAACUGAGAUGCUCGAGAAGAAUCCUUCCUUGGGAAAUAUGAUCCUGAGGCCUGGGAGUGACAGCAGAAACUUCUCCAUCACUAUUCGGCAGGAGACAGACAUGCCAAGAAUCAAGCACUACAAAGUGAUGAGCGUUGGAAAAAACUACACUAUAGAACUGGAAAAACCUGUAACACUUCCAAACCUUUUUAGCGUUAUUGAUUAUUUCAUGAAGAAGACUCGAGGAAAUUUACGACCAUUCAUAUAUUCAACUGAUGAAACCCUCGAGACCGAAGGAUUUCCUGUAACAUCUCUAAAAUAAAAUAAAAAAGAGAGUGGGGGGAAAUCCAAUGUAAUUUGCCUCUUCCAUGGAUGAUACUGUGUCAGUUACCUAAUGCUCUGUAACAACCACCCCCAGAACAUGGUGGUUAAAUCAACAAACCUUUUAUCUGCUCAUGAUUCUGUGCAUCAGCAAUUUGGACUGCACCACUCUCUUCAUGUGGUGUCUAAUCCUCAAGGAAGUCAGCUCAGGCUCCCACAUGAGAUCUCAGAGCAGUUACGGAGAAAAGUGUAACUGCAUGUCCUUGGGCUAGAAAUUCUUAAGUGUUGAGAAUAAAGUUCAGAAAGUCCUUACUUAAGCUGCUGACAGGUUCUGCACUAUUAAGCAAAAGAAUGUUUAAACAAGUUAAGUUCCUACAGCAUCUCAUCAAUGUUUUAACAAAACAGACAUUGAACUAAACCAUACUGAGGACCUGCCUUCUUGGAGCUUUUAAUACAGAAGCUGUGAAGUGAAUAAAUAAUUCCAAGUGUAAUAUGUUUUAUGUACAGGGGCUGUAUUUCUUUCUUUAAAAAAGUUAUUAUUUACGUACAAUAACAAUUUUGGUGUAGUCCUACCAGUUUUGACAACCACCACCACAAUCAAGAUACAGAAAGUCCCACCACCUCAAAAAAUACCAUGUUCCUCCUUUGUAGUCAGCCCUUUUUAUUGUCAAUCUCUGGCAACCACUCCUAUAGUUUCCAUUCCUAUAGUUUUGCAUUUUCCAGAAUGUCAUAUAAAUAAAAUCACAGUAUGGAAUCUUUUGAGACUGAUUUCUUUCACUCAUCAUAAUAUCUAGAUUCACACAAGUGUAGUAUGUAUUACUCGCUUGUGUGGUUUUUUUUUAAGGCUGAAUAGUAUCACUGUAUGGAGAUACCAGUUUGUUUAUCCACCCACCAAUUUAAAUGAAUUAGGGGUUUCCAGUUUUAGGAAAUUAUUAAAUUAUAUAAAUAUUAUUAUACAGAUUUUUGUGUGAACAUGUCUUCCAUUCACCUGGUUAAAUAUCUAGGAAUGAGAUAAGUGUACAUUUAUCUUUAUAUGAAACUGCCAAACUCUUUUUCACUAUGGUCUUUUAUGCAUCUCUGCCAUCCAUGUCUGAGAGUUCUAGUUGCAUUCUCACCAGCACUUGAUACUAUUUUUUAAAAAAGAUUCUAAUAAGUGUGUAGUGGUCUCAUUUGGUUUAUUAUGCAUUUCCAUAAUGAUUAAUUAUGUUGAGCAUCAUAUACUGAAUUUGGUAAAAUAUCUGUUUAAAUUUUUUGCCCAUAUUUUUAUUAGGUUGUUUUAUUGAGUUCUGACACUUCUGUGCACGUUCUGAAUACAGGUCCUUUGUCAAACGUGAUUUGCAAAUAUUUUGUGGUUUUUUAAAUUUUUUUAACAGUGUCUUUCGAAGAGAAGUUUUCAAUUUUGAUGAAGUACAAAUUAUCAAUUUUUGCUUACUUUUGUUGUAGCUGAGAACUCUUUGGCUAAUCUAAGACCACAAAGAUCCCCCCCCCCCAUGAUAUGUGUUACAUUUAAGUCUCUGAUGCAUUUGGAAUUUUUAAGGUUAAUUUUAUUGGCAUUUAGGCAUGUAAUUGUUCAGAACCAUUUGUUUAAAAAAAUCAUCCUUUAUUUAUUAAAUCACCUUUGAUUACUAUAUUUUUAAAGUAAUUCUUAAAAUCAGGAGGUUUAAGUCCAACUUUGUUCUUUUCAAAAUUGUUUGGACUAGUCUAGUUUCUUUGCCUUUCAGUACAAGUUUUAGGAUGCACUUGUUAUCUACAGGAAAGUCCUCCUGGGUUUUGAUUUGGAUUUCGCUAAAUCUGUAGAUCAGUUCAGGGAGAACUGAUAGAAGGAUGAGUUCUCUUUUGGGGUUUUAGAUGCUCAUGCUACCACAGCUACAGUGCAGUGCCUUGACUAGGGGCCAUCCUCAGAGCAGGAGUGGAAAAAACAGAAAAUGGAAAAAAAAUGACCAAAACGGGCUAUUCACAUAAAAUGUCCAUACUUUUAGAAACAGCCAGAUUACUAUUGCUCUGGUGGCUGAACUGGUUCAGUUUGCUUUGCGAUUAGAACAAGUUACUCAGCUUCCCUGCACUUCAGAUUAGGAAAUGAUAUAUGAACAGAUGGAAUCAGAGGGACACAUGGAGAGACAUUUAAAAUAAUCAGACUAUCUUCUGUAGAAUGAUGUAUUUUUCUUUCAAAAGCAGAAAGACAAUGGAAGAGUAAACUGGGAAAGUAAAUGAGAGUAGAAAUAGAACUUUCUAAGAAAAAUUAUGAAAAGGUAAAACCGAUUUUGAUAAAUAGUGCUGAAGUUUUAAGAAAACUGUGGGGAGCCCUAUAAUUGUUUCAGGAGUUUGGACUCAUAGCUGAAUGGGGCACAGUAAGGAAUGGCUAGAGUCCUUAGUUUAAGUUGCUUUGAGCUGGGAAAUGGGAGUUGUAAAGCACUAACGGUUAAAAUCAGGAGGUUUGUAGAAAGGAUGUUUCCAAAGAAAUAUUAUUAAAAAGAAAGUAAGAUUUAUUUGUUUCAUGUUAACCCAUGUCAGCAUUCAGCUUUCUCUCCUGACACAAGAAGGCAAGAGCAAUGACGGAACCAGAAUAAAGAUAUUACCUCAAUUAAUUUUUCCCAACUUCAGAAAUUAGCAGUAUAAAUUAAAAGCCACUUCAAAAUAUGAUAGAGUAGGUAACUGAUAUUAAGCUAAGUAGGAAAAAAAAGUGCUCCCUAGAGAAAAAUUUAUUAAGAACCUAGUUACAAGUCAGGGAUAAAAUAAAAACUAAAAAGCACCUGAAUAAUUCAGUAUUUAAUUAACUAACACUUAUUAAACACACAACCAAUGAUCUAGUACAAGCAGGAAAAUCAAUUCAUGUUGCAAAUCAAAAACUGCCCUGUUCCUUGACAUUGGAUCUUCAUUGAAUCAAGCUUUUCCACCCACAAUUCCUAGUCCAAGAACCCACCAGAGAAGGGUGAAGAGAGAAGUUGAAGAAAAAUUUACAUAUUGCAUGAAGUAAAAUGGGGAAAACAUCUUUACGAAUCUUGGUAAUUUAUUAUUUUCAAAAGGAAGACCUUACUUUUAAAGAAAACCACCUGUUUUCCUGAUCCUGAUUACCAAGUCACUGACCUGCACACAAGAAUUAACACUGUAGCAUGUAAUUCAUUAUCUUAUCAGAAUGAAACCAGUACAUUGGGAAACCAUGGAAUGUGGCUGGAAGAGUAACUUGUAGAUAUACACAUUCCCGUAUACUGAUAUAAGUUGAAAACAUAUGGUCCUUUCUCUAAAGGGAAUUUUUAUUUUCCUAGGCUUCAAUUAAAUAUAUUUCCCUCUAUACAAUUUCCACAGCAGUUUCUCUAGUUUCCCCAAAAAAGUUCUUUUUGGAGUCUGAUUUGACCAAUUUAUCAAAUGUCAUUCUAAUUAGAAAACAGACAUGAAAUGUACUAGGAGGAACCUUUUUCCAACUGAAAUACUACACCAUAAUUUUUGUUACUGGAAAUAAAUGACAUUUACCCAUUUCCAUGUUUUUCCCUAAUGUGUUUUUGCUACCUCCAAAUCAACCCAUACCUUCUUUAGUAAAAACAUUAGUCUACAAGGAUGGUAUAUGUAAUCCCCAUUUCACAAGUACGACACAGUAUGAAACUGAUUAUAAUGGCUUCAAAGUACUGAUUGCUUAGCGCUACACUAGGUCUACUAAAUCAAAACCUCCAGGGUAUUUUUUGGUAAUUUAUCUUCUUCAAGGAAGCUUCUAAAUAGUUUUGAUGGUCAUUCAAUUUGGGAAUCACCUGUACAAUCAACUAAGAAUCAAAAGAUAUGUCUUAUAUUCUACUCCUGGUUCUAAUCAUUUGGAUGUUUAGCUACUUUGGUUUCCUUAUCUGCAAAAAUUAAGAAAUUAGAAUGGAUUUCAAGAUCUGCUUAGUUCCAAUGUGUUAUAAAGACGUGUCCUUGUAAGAAGAGAUUAGGACACAGGAAAAACUAUGAGACUAAGGGAGAAGACGACCAUCUACAAGCCAAGGAGAGGCCACAGAAGAAACUAAACCUGCUGAAACCUUGAUCUUGGCCUUUUAGCCUCUAAAACUGUGAGAAAAUAAAUUUCUGUUGUUUAAGCCACUCUGUACUAUUUGUUAUGGCAGCCCCAGCAAACUAAUUCAAUUUGGGAUGUCUAAAAAUAAGCAGAAUCUUAAAGUUUGCUAUCAGUUAGCGACCUACUUCUUUAAAAUCAACUGUGAUUUCAAGUGUGUCAACAGAUUCACAAGAUUACAAAAGAUCUAUCUAAUUUACAUCUUUUUCCAAGGAUCUUAAAAUUAAGUUAGUCCAAAUAAAGGAGAAAACAAGAUUCUAAAGAAUUCCAAUUUGCUACCAUUUUAAAAUGUUGAGUGAAAUCUUACAUUCGAUAAGAAAAUACAGUGCUUCAUAUAUAACAAAAACAAAAAGGACUCUUAAGAAAAGAAAAAAAAAGGACUCCUGAGGAUAGUGAGGCAAAGUGGCUGGACUGCAAUGAAAUGAAAAGAAAUGUACAAGGGAGACAGAAACAACCACAAAAACUGCAGAAAAUAAAAUUGCCAAAGACCAUAGAAUGGCGCUAGAGCUUAAAUGAUAGAUAUUAGAAAAUAUUUGCCAUGACAUAAAAGGUGAUCUAGCAGUUUUAAAGAGAACCAAACAGAAAUUCUAGGACAA